ACGAGAUCAUCACGGCGCAUGCGCAAUUAAAUUACCCUUUCGACAAAAUAUAUUCGUGAUCAAGUAAAUAAGACGGAUUUCUGCGAUUUUCUCUGCUAAUAUUACACAAACAACCUUUUAUUUAUGAGAUGAAGUAAUUCUGUAGCUGACCAGUCACACACCACAGCAAAGAUGGUGCUGUCACAGAGACAAAAAGACGAACUAAACAAAGCUAUCGCUGACUACCUGAGCUCAAAUGGCUACCUUAGCGCCCUUACAGAGUUCCAGAAGGAGGCUUCAAUGCCCAUGGAGAUUGACAAAAAGUAUGCUGGCAUCCUUGAAAAGAAAUGGACAUCUGUCAUCAGAUUACAAAAAAAGGUUAUGGAAAUGGAGGCUAAACUUUCGGAAGCAGAGAAAGAAUUCAACCAGGGUGGUCCCACCCGCGACAAAAGAGAUCCGUCAGAGUGGAUACCUCGUCCCCCCGAGCGCUACUCUCUCAGCGGUCAUCGUGCCCCCGUCACGAGAGUUAUAUUCCACCCCAAGUUCAGCGUCAUGGUGUCUGCCAGUGAAGAUGCUACCAUAAGGAUAUGGGACUAUGAGACCGGGGACUAUGAGAGGACAUUGAAGGGUCAUACAGACUCAGUACAGGACAUAGCAUUUGACAAUGCCGGCAAAUUUUUAGUUUCCUGCUCGGCAGAUAUGACCAUAAAACUGUGGGAUUUCACAGGAUUCGAGUGUUUAAAAACAAUGUAUGGACAUGACCACAAUGUUUCGAGCGUAGCGUUCAUGCCUAGUGGGGAUUUUAUUGUCUCAUCUUCAAGAGACAAAACCAUAAAGAUGUGGGAGGUUUCAACAGGGUACUGUGUGAAGACGUUCACAGGACACAGGGAAUGGGUGCGGAUGGUUCGUGUUAACCAGGACGGUUCCCUGCUGGCCAGCUGUUCCAACGACCAGACCUGCCGCGUGUGGGUCGUUGCUAACAAGGAGUGCAAGGCAGAACUCCGGGAACAUGAGCACGUGGUGGAGUGUAUCGCGUGGGCACCAGAGUCCGCCCACCCAGCUAUAAAUGAGGCCGCUGGGGUGGAUAACAAGAAAGGACGCAGCGGACCAUUUUUGAUAUCUGGCUCGAGGGACAAGACAAUCAAAAUGUGGGACAUCAGUGUAGGACUGUGUCUAUUCACAAUGGUUGGACAUGAUAACUGGGUGAGGGGUCUGGUAUUCCACCCAGGAGGAAAGUUCAUCCUCAGUGCAUCGGACGACAAAACUAUACGAGUGUGGGACGUUAAAAACAAGAGAAACCAGAAAACACUUGAAGCACACCAACACUUUGCCACUUCUAUCGACAUGCACAGAACGUCCCCGUACGUGAUAUCCGGCAGUGUGGAUCAGACCGUCAGGGUCUGGGAGUGUCGCUAGCUGGCAACGUCCACACUCAUGUGCCAACACUUGACACUAGGGAGCGUUCUUUCGUCCAUCUUCAGAUACGCUGUAGAAGCUUCAUGCGAUUCAAAUAUUGGUCCCAGUUUUGGGGAAAAACUUAGCUCAUAUUUAUUUACCACUGAUGGUUGGGGCUUGAUCAGCAGUGAGAUCAGACUGAGGCUUCCAAUGGGGGGACAUCCAGUGAAAUAUUUUGAAGAAGCUUCUACGUUACUAAAGAAUUGUAGACGGUAAUGUGAAGAUGGGGGGGAAAAGAAUGUUCAGGCCUAGUGUACGGAAUUAUCAAGCAGAUCUUAACCAAAAUUCUGUGUGAUAGAGAAAUAAACAUGUUGGAUGUUACAUGAAGUUUUAACCAGGAGAACGGAAAAGAAGAUCUAUCAUAUAUACAGAAGUUUGUUUGAAGUGGGUGAAAAUGGGGGCGUAGAUCCCAGCAUUGGCUACUUAGUCCUAUAUUUAUUGUAACUUUGGCUUUAUUGCUAACUGUCAAGUGCUGAUAUUAGUAGUCUUCGGUGUGUGUUGUUCCUAGUUUUCACAGAUCAUUACAAUGUGUGUGUUUUAGUUUUAACUGCUUGCCAGUGACUUUCUCGCCAUCUUGUGAUGUGAAUUUAUGCAUUAUCAUACAUACUCAUGUAAGUCUGUCUCUUAUAUAAGAUAGAUAUACAUGAAAUCAGUCUGUUUAAUCCAGUCUCAUCUGAAUGAAUGAUAUGCAGCGUAAACACUACAUAAUUCCAUUAGUACUAAAAAUAUUAAGUUCAUGGUCAUUAUUAACAAUAAUCCAGAACUUCAUAGAAACAUAGCAUGUGGAAGUUUGAUAUGUCAGGUAGCAUAUGAAAUUUAGAUUUGUUGUAUUAGGGUAAAUGACAGUGCAAGUGCUAAGUGCAAGACAAUAGCAUCUUCAUAUAAAAAUAGAAGGGAGUUGCCUCUGUCUAGCUAAGCCUUUGAAUGAUGUAUACAGUUGAAACCAUAUAUUGCGUUCAUUUUGCAGUGUGUUCUGUAUUGGUGCAUAUUAAUUUGAGUAGAUCUUAAUUAUUUCCAAUAUGAAUAUCAAUACUAGCUAGAAUGAAUUAUCCAUCAAGAGUAUGGAUUUAGGUCAGAGUCGAGUCUGAUUGUACCUGUAUCUUUGAUGUUCUUAACAAAUCAUCGAUAUUUAAGCAGACUUCAAAAGGCAAGAGAUUCGGGUGGAAUUCUUUUUAAACAAAUAGGUGCAUAAUAAAAGUCUUUUAUGAGACCUUUGUAUUAUGAAGAUGCAUAACAUGUAAUGGUUUUCUUGUUUUCAUUUUGUAAUACAGAGAAACAUUUUCCUCUUUGGCUUUUACAUGUAAUUAUAAAAAUGUAUUCCGCAGACAAAGUAUUGUAUUUAGCUUAUGUUAGCUACGUGUCUUAUAUGAAUUUGAUUAUGUGGUACAUGGAAUGUGUUUUAAAAUUCACAUUUGUUUUGAAUUUUGUGUUUUUGCUUCUGGCACAUGAUCAUACACUUCAUAGAUACAUGUUUUAGUGAAAUAGAUGGCAUUCCUACUCAUCAUAGUCAGAAUAAAUGACUAAUGUAACCAUACAUUUAAUAGUGUGACGGUGCUGCGUCACAUCAUUCACAUGUGUAGUGUGACUGUGAGACUUUUCCUAGAUAAAUGUGGUUGUUUUUUGUUAAGAUUUCUAUUAUAAUGUAUGCUUAUGUGUUAUCAAUUUUUUCUUCAGCUUAUUCAUGUAUCUUGUUUGUUGUUUUGUAUCUAGAUAUGCACACAUUUGUUGACCUGGUAAUCAAUUGUAGAAGACUUGGGUUUUUAUGGAACCCACAUUGAAAUAUAUUCUUGAAACUGGCCAUGGUUGUUACAGUUAUUCGCACAAAUAUGGCAAAGAAGUAAGCUUUUGUGAUAAAAAUUGUGAGCUUCUAAUCAUUUGAACAUAUGCAAGAAUAAUUGUUACUUUAGAGUUGCUUUUGAAAUUAUUAGAAUUUUAGUUAUGAGUAAUUCGAUGAAGACUUAAACCCUUUGAAAGUUGAUACAGUUUAUAAGCCAAAGUAUAUUAUCUGGUGCCAUUUACAAUGUUUGAGAAUCUCCAGUUUUGUCAGAGUGCUGCACUUUCAUGCCAUAUUGUUGUCAUUUGCAUUUAUUGUUAUAUAUUUUGCAUCCGUCCAACCUGUUUUCACGUCUGAUAACUACCUUAUAACCAGAUUAAACCUCAAAAGCUGCUGCAAAGUGUCGCUCUACAAACUUCUGAAGACAUUAGAUCUGAUUUGUUGAAAUGAUUCUAAACCAGUGCUUGGCAUUGCCAGUUUGAUAAAUGUGCAAUAUAUUUAUUUUUGUUUUGUGUUUUAUCUUGAUUUAAAUGGUUACAUUUAUGCCGUAAUAUGAAGGAAAAAAGGAUUAUUUGAAAAUUAUGAAGUUGGUGAACCAUUAUAAAUGAAUAUGUUUAUUUUUGACAAAAUUGUAAUUUCCACCAAAAGUUUUCAUAUAAAUGUCUUUCAGUUGGUUGUGUGGCAGCUUUGUUCAGUGUUCUUUUAAACAAAAGAAGAAAUCCCAACAGUAUUCUUGUAUUAAUUUCAAAGAGCUGUGAUUAUUAUCUUUAGAAUUUAAUACGUUUUUACAAGAAGUAGCCAUAAAUAGAACUUGUAGAGAAUAUGGAUUACAAAGAAAUGAGAAUAUAGUCUAGUCAUUAGAAUUAAAGGAAAUAUAUUUUCCGAGGUGAUUUUCCAUAGAGGCCUAAAAAUAAAUAACGCAAUGAAUUGCCUUAAGUGUGUGAUAUACAGUGGACUAUAUGCAAAAUGUAGACAAUAUCUGUGAGACAAUAGCUGCUGUUCAUCUAGCCUGGUCCCUCUGUCUGAGGCACAAAUAUUUGAUCUAGUGUGUAACUACGUGAUCGUGUGUGUACAUACAUGAUUAGAUAUUGAUCAUGUUUGUAAACCCGUCCUAGGGUUACAUGGUAUGUUGUAUAUCUGUGUCUCAGUAGAUUGUGUCUUGCAGACAAUUGUUCCUGAGACUCUGCUUUGAUAGAUCAGACCCGUUUUGUUGAUAGCGUAAUGACAUUACUUCAGUUUGGAGACUUCUUGUACAUAUAAAUGUAUUCCUGAGAAUGUCUUGGCAUUAAUUUCUACUGUAUUUGAUAAUUAAUAGCUUCUUAGAGCUAAUUAGCUGUUGUUUGAACAGUAAUGUUUUUAUUCAAGCCAUUAAUAAUGAUAAGCAUUAAUAUUCAUUACAAAUAAAAAUAAUGAUCUUGCUCAGUAUGACAAUCUGCAUUUUAUAUAUUGACUAUGCUUGAAAUUGCACAACCCUAGGACUGUCCGUAAUCACUAUUGUAUUUAGUCUGAACUUGAGACUCGAGGCUCGAAACUGCAAACCUUCAUUUGAUUGUACAAUUGUUGUUAGAAGAGGAAUAGUUGGCAAAUUGGCCAUAUAUGUUGCAAAUACCAUGUUUCACAAUAAUAUACACUAUUUCUUCUAAAGAACAAUAGUAUUAAAGAUCAUUCAUGACAAUAAAGAAUUUGCAUUUUAGAGUCUGAGUCUCAACAUUGAACUGGCUACAUCAGUGAAUAUGGGCCCUUGUUUUGAGAGUAAAAUAUCUUCAUUUUGAGGGUUGAAUGCUAGCUACAAUGUCGUAAACUUCAAAAUAUUUGAUCUCUGAAGCAGCUCGACUCAGGGACAAUAGUCUGCAAUGUAUUUCACCGUGUAUGCUUACGUAUAUUCCGAUUACUGAUGUGCUUGUCUUUUAAUAUUGCAUAUGUUUUAUCCCUGGAUAGUUACCUGCAUGUGCAAUACACAAUCCAUGUUGUGUUGCCUCGUUAAACUGCUAUCAGUAAUUGAAUUAAAACUGCUUGCUUUUUAAAGGCAGUGACGAAUGAAAUUAUGUUUUAAAGAAAUAUAUAUUGUUGGUAAAAGCUUAAUUUCCUCUUUGAAUUUGUUUAAGACUUGUAAGGGUCAACUAUUCUUGCAAGGUACCGCUUUUCCAAAGGUAAAAAAUAUAAUUAUAUGAUUGUUGAUAAUUGUAUGAUAUUAUAUAAAUAUUUGUUUUCUAUAUAUUACAAACUGUAAUUUAUUUUGCAUCUUGAUGGUCCACCUUAUUGCUAAAUUCUACAACUAAAUAUUCUGUGUUGUUAUUUAAACAUCAGAGUGAAUGAAUGCAUGCACUGCUCGUGUUUUGAAGUACUGGCUUAUGUAUAAAUUAUGAGGAACAAGUACACUUAAAAAAAUCUUACCGAUAUAAUUUUGUAACUGAUUUGAAUGUAAAGAAACCCCUUCUUUCUAAUAUCUAUUGAGUAAUAACGAUGAUUUCGAGUUGUCUUUAUUACUUCUUUCGUAUCAAAUAGAGCUGAAAGAGGGGGCUUCUUUAAUCGGCUGGAAUCGAUAAGUUCCUAAUGGAAUAUUCCAAAAUGAGAUGGGUUUGUGGCUAUAUUAAAGGGUUCAUUAUUCUGUAUUUAAGUAAUAACGUGUUAUAUUUAGUCAAUAAAUGGCUAUAAGCAUA